AAUCAGAUGUGAGAACCUCCCACUGGAGGAGUGUGCUCAGUCUUGGGGAGCCCGAGGUUUUCUUUCUGCAUCAGACAUUCCUGCUCUCCCUCAUUAAACUUGGCUCAGUAUCUCUCCUGUUGCUUAAUAUCACUGUGCUGGAAAAAAUAACUGCAUUCAAGGAUCAUGGAGAAGUGAGCUGUUGUUUUGUCAAAGUCACAUGUAAGUGAAACCUUGUUGUAUAGCUGUACUUUGUAUUUCCUCCAAAAAUUCUUUACUUUCAUGGAAGUUUAAGCUUUUCCUGAACAAAGCAGACAGUUUUAGUAAACUUAUGUUUGACAAACAUGCAAAAGCCAUCCCAUAGUUUUUGAUACUCUUUAUUCAAAGCAUUUCUUUACACAAUAUGUUGUUGGGUGUGUUAGCGAUUAACUCAAAAAUUCAAAGUUAAUAAUUAUCAUGUAUGCUGAGUAAUCUAUCUAUCUAUCUAUCUAUCUAUCUAUCUAUCUAUCUAUCUAUCUAUCUAUCUAUCUAUCUAUCUAUCUAUCUAUGCACAAUUGCAGACAUUUACAGUAAGAUUAACCUUGUUGUAGAUAGAUUUUAGCUGCUUAAGAUACUUGAAUAUAAUGAAUAAUGAAUAUAAAAUGUGACUAAAAUGGAGAUUAAUCUAGGUGUCAUAGUACCAGGUACCUUUUACUGUUUUAUGGAGUUUUGUCUUUGUUUUGAUUUCUUAAUUGAGUGGUAUUGUGUCUUGUCAACAGUUACACUCUCUGUUUGUAAAAAGAUUUUACUGCAUAAGUACUUCAAAACCACCAUGAGAGUCAUUAUCAAGUCACCAUAAAAAAGGAAGGAAAAAAAACAACACUGUGCAAAGUCAGACUUUGAGUCAGAAUCUGUGCAGCAAUCAGUAAAAUGACAAGAUUAACAAUUAACAGUUUUCACUGAGUGUUGUGGUUGAUUGUGCCUCAUGUUUAAGGAGACAAGUAAUUUACAGUGUUCUCUGGACCGUAAACCUUAUCAUUUCUUUUAUGUUGUCAUGACCUUUGAUAGAUGCGACAAAGAUGGGGUCAGAUGACUCAGCUUGUUUACAACUUAACACAAGCCCUGUUAAAGAAAAUGGUUGGAGCAUGAAAAUGCGCUUGAAUUUGAAUUUUAUUUUUCUCAUCAGCUGUCUGAAAUGGACGAAGGCAGCAUCAGGAAGAGGAGGGAGGUGCAGAAUGGCUCCAUUGACCACACCGAGGACUGUCAAGCCGAAGACCCGAAGCCCAUCAAGGCCACCGUGCUCCAAAAAGAUGUGUGUGUUUUUUUAGGCGUGUGUGUCUCGUUUUAUGUGUGAGAACAACCCUCAUUAGAUGUUCACACUGGUAGGACUCCAACAUCUGUACCUCUUUAUUCCGCCAGGGGCUAAAACUGAGUACCAGGCGGUACCACAACCACCAUCUCUACUUAUUAACACCACAGUGAUCCACUUAGAGGUGUCCAUGCCCCUCUAAGCUCCCUGAGCCUUUAAGUGAGUUUAGAGAGACUGAAAGAGUUUCCCUGGAUUAGUUAGAACCAUAUUUUCAGUGUGUGCAAAUAAUUGAUAACUGGCAUUCCCCAGUUUGAUUCCAACAGGAUAGUUUUUAGCGGCUUAUCAGGUCAGAUGGGAGGAAACUUUGCAUCAUUAAAACCUUGCUGACAGGCUUGGAAAGAAUAUUUUCAUACUUCUUCUGACAAUGUUUUCUAUGUGAGGACUAAUUAAAGACAAAGUACUGCUGCAAUUCAAAAUAUGAAAUUUUAUUAAAGUUCAAGGUUUAAUAAAAGAAAACAUUUUGGACAAAGUCAAAGUUUACCAUGAGAGCACACCAAAAUCAGUAAAUGGCAUCCUCUGGUGAAAAUGUUUACAUGUGGCUUGUAAGAGUUUGCAAAUCAGUGAAUAUGUUGAUGUGUGGAACAUAAGUCAACUGAUUGCUACUAACAAAACUCAGAUGUAAGCGUUGAAAAAAACAAACAAAAAACUUUUGUUUAUUUCCUGUUGUGCCCAGGUGGGUCUGUUCAGUGGUAUUUGUCUGAUCGUGGGGACAAUGAUUGGCUCGGGCAUCUUCAUUUCUCCUAAGUCCGUCCUGUUGUACUCUGGAGCUGUUGGACCAUGCCUUAUCGUCUGGGCGGCCUGUGGAGUGUUGGCCACUCUGGGUGAGAGCAUCAUUAAAACCAGCAACAGCCUUUAUUUUACACUUAUGUGUUUGACUAAUGUAUGUAAAUCAGUUACACAAUAAUAAGAAAAAAACUAAUUGUCAACGUUUCUACUGGCUUUGGCUUUCUGUGCGUGGUAAAGCAUUUGCAAUGUUAGAAAUUGACUAGUGUCGGAAACUCAGUAGAAAAUAAAAGAUUAGCAAAAGUGAAUCGUACAACCAAAAGGUACGAGCUGUACCUGUGACAUUGUCUUCAUCAUUUGACGGGCAUCCUGUUAGGCGCUUGCUAACGUGCUUUGUUAGUUGUUUUGGUACAUAACAGGCCAACUGGGAGAUGACCCAUUUGUUACAAGCUGAAAGGGGGCAUGUUGCCUCCUAAUGUAACAGCAGCAGACAUGCUUCUGUCAACAAUACAAUUCUUGCCUGGUGCUCCUAAACUGGGACAAAGACAGUAGUCCGAUUAAAUCAAUUGAAUUGAAAUCAAUUGAUUACAGUAACUCGACCUAUCUGCGCAUGUGAACGCACUGAGUGUUCAUGAUUUAGAGAGAUGCAAGCAGACAUGCUGAGUUGAUUCUUCAAAGUUCUGUUAAUGGGCAAGAAAAGGAGGAGAUAAAUAUUACCCCAACUUAAAAAAAAAAAAAAAAUGAUGAAUGAACUUGAAAGUAGAGGUUGUAUAUUUCUACAGUUGUGAGUUGAAGUCAUUUACAGUGUGACUUUAAGAACAUGACUAAUCAAGAUUAUUUUACAACUGUAAAAGAUAGAAAUACUUUUUUUAUCUUUUAGCGAUACAUUGCAGGCCGAUAGAAGUACUACAUAAAAUAUGCAUCAUGUCCACUGUGGUAAGACAUUAAGUUUUAUUGAUCAAUAAAUAUGUUAAACCCUAAGCUCAGAUCAUAAAGUAUAACUUAUGUGAAUCUAACCAACACUCAGCUGUUUCAGAAUGGAGCAGAAUCAAUAAAAAAACUUUUCACUCAGAAGGUCUCUCAGUGAACUCUGACUCAGCGACCUUGUGGUUGGUGUUGUUGGGAAUGAGCUGGUGGCCUUUGCUGCCAUGUUUUUGAGCUACAGAUGAAAAAGGCCACAGCUCAGACUUGGCCUUGAAGCAGUCAGCAAACCACAGACACACUGUUGUGUCCAGCCACAACAAGCAGCAACAUAUCUGAGUUCCCCUGCUGCCCAUAACAAGGUCUUUGGCCUUUAACAGCCAUACAGACAGACUUUUUGUAUUAUAGGAUGGAAAAGCUGACUCAUCCUGUAUAGUUUCUUUUUUUCUUGUCAUCGUCCAAUGGAAAAUGCCAAAAAUCCACAACAAAGCUGUUCAGGGAGGGGGAGGGGGGUUCAAAUACAGUGUAGUAUUAAAUAUAUCACAUGACUCACACAUCAGACAUGUGUUAUUUAAGUCUUUGGGGUGAAGGUGGAAAGAGUAAAUGUUUAUCUGCAGAAUGGACGGAUGAAAGGUAAUUUUGCAGGUUGUAAAAUCUGCUGUAAAACCUCCCAGCCCACUAAAAAGUUAUACCUUAUUAAAGUGUUGAGCAGUAGUGUCUUGUCCUGGAAUGACUUGAAAGCUUUAUAGUGAGUAAACAUCAUUUCAUUUUACCAUAAAGUUUACUGCAUCCUUUCUGCAACUCUUGUUAAGCACUGAUUCUGAAAUCAUUUUCAAAACAAGAGUCUCAACGAUUUAUCUAACGCUCCAAAAUUUACGAUCAUACUGCCUCUGAAUUGUUUAGUUUACUUUUGGACACAAACAAGUCUUCGUUGUAUACAGUUUCUCAUAUCCUGAAGUUUUACUCUCUGUUGCUUGGACACAGAUUCAAGAUUUUAAAAGAAGUGACUGACUCAGAAAAUUUUUGUCAGUUUCUCCUCUUUUAAAAACCCAAACAUUUGCAUUUCUAUGGCAUGUAACAACGUUUUAAAAUCUGCCCCUCUGUAUUUGUGUGUUUUUGUGCAUGCGUCUACACAGGAGCACUGUGCUAUGCUGAGCUGGGCACCAUGAUCACCAAAUCAGGCGCAGAGUAUUCAUAUCUAAUGGAGGCUUACGGCUCUGUACCGGCCUACCUUUUCUCCUGGACUACUGUCAUGGUGCUGAAGCCCUCGGCCUUCGCCAUCAUCACUCUGAGCUUUGCAGAAUACGCCUCCACUCCUUUCUACCCCAGCUGUACUCCACCUGUUCUUGUCACCAAGUGUUUGUCAGCAGCAGCCAUAUGUAAGUUUUACAGCCACUUCUUAUGCAUAAAUGAUUGAAAACACUAAACCGCACACAGUUUGGUUAUAAAUCUAAAGGCAAUUUUGACUCGUCUUUUGGAUAUUUCUUUUUCAUCUGUGUGUGUUUGUUAACAGUAGAGCUUGACUGAGAUUAUUGAAGUUUUAGCAAUAACUUUUGGCCGCAUGGUUUUAAAGCUGGUCAACCACAAAUACAAAACAUAUUUGACAGCUUAUUAGCUAACAUCAGAGCACAAAUAAUCUAAGUUUUCAGCCACUUCCAAGUUAACGUUUAUAUUCAGAAAUCCUAGCAUGAUGGGAAAGCAAACAUAUGCACAAUUGGUUAUUUUCCAGAUGACAACUUUGGGAGUUUUGUUAAUACUGGUGUCUAUUUUUUCAGUAAUACAAUUUUUAAGUAUUGUAUGAAGAGACAUUACUGUCAUACAUGAGUAAUAAGUGAGUCCUCAGACAGCAACAUAGGUGUGCUACCUUCAUCACUGGGGAUAUAAAAGCCUCAAUCCAGUAGCGGGGUUAAAAAUCUUACAUAUAAACCAACAAUUUUACUUGGGGAAAUAAAAAAAUGGCAUAUUCAUUCUCAAAGAUGAAAAAAAAGCUGUUACAGAGGCACCGCAACUGGCUAACAGGCUAGGAUCGCCAACGUAUGCAAGAACCUCAUACGAUGCAAGUAUUGUUGGCAUGCAAAAAUUAUGUACAAACAGAUGAGCUACAGCAUAAAAACAGCAUCUCCCACCUCUGUUUGAAGAUAAAUCUUCCCACAGCGUCAGGUAACAACAAAAUAGCUUGAACCAUGAUGCACCCAUAGAAAUGAUGCCCAUCUCAGUACUGUAUAAAUGAUAUAAUUCUUGUGUUUUUUUUAGUGUUGAUUGUGACAGUCAACUGUCUGAGUGUUAAACUGGCAAACUACGUGCAGAACUUCUUCACUGCAGCCAAGCUCUUCAUCAUUUUAGUCAUAGUGGUUGCUGGCAUUGUCAUGUUGGCACAAGGUGGGCCUCUCUUUUAUACAAGGGUUUUUAAUGCACAAUUCUGUGAGUACAAUGCCAUUGCUUAAUUAAAACACUGACUUAUAACAUUUAAUAUUCAUUAUGUAUUUCAUUUAACAGGAAAAACAGAGAAUUUGUCUGAUGCUUUUGUUGGCUCAUCUACAUCUUUUGGCGCCAUUGGACUGGCAUUUUAUAACGGACUUUGGGCCUAUGAUGGAUGGUAACAGUUUAACUUCAGUUUGACUUUCAUUCUGCUUUGUGUGUGAGGUUAGUUGAUGAGUAGUGACCUCAAGUUUAUGUCUCCUGUGCUUUACCAGCUAGGGGCUUGAGGACACAUGGCAGGUUGGCCUCAUGCACCCAGUACACUUUUAAGUCAUGUGUUGGUCGCAGCAGAGGGUAGACAUGUCAGGCUUUAGUCUUUCAAAGAGGCCAACCAGAGGGCAAAGAGUUAACACAGACUACAGAGAAAAUACAAUACCUCUAAUGAAGAUGAAAGAGGGAGGGGAUUAUGAUAACACACAUACUUGACUGUAAGGAAAAACGGAUUUAAUAUCUAAGUGACCAAGUGAGUCCAUGCUUAUCUCAGUGUAGUGCUUUGCAGGAAAAAGCGAUCAAGUUAAGUGUCUUCAGUGGAAAAAAACACCCUUCAUUAAUGAAAUUGAAUGUUCUUUUUUAUGGCAGUAUACUACAAUAUGCUCCUUGUUUUCUCAUUUCCUUGAUUUUCUCUUAUCAGGAAUCAACUCAAUUUCAUCACAGAAGAGCUGAAAGACCCAUUCAGGUAAAACAAAGUCAAGCAUAACUGCUGCUAACUUUGUCAAUUGCUGUCAAUACCUCAAUUGGGUAAAUAAUCUAAACUCUGUUGUAUACAUAAUCUUCUUUUUGUCUCGAAUUUUUUGUCAGGAACCUUCCUCUAGCCAUCAUCAUUGGGAUCCCUUUGGUGUCCGUGUGCUACGUGUUGGUCAACGUUGCUUAUUUCACUGCAAUGACCACUACUGAACUGUUGCAGUCUCCUGCUGUUGCUGUGGUGAGAACUGCUUAUUGCUAUAGUAACAGGCAACAAGAGCAAAGAAGUUUUAAAAUUAGUUGUGUGGGUGUUAAAGUGAAGAUAAACAUACACUGAUAAAAACACCAGGAAGGGACCAGUCAUUACCUCACACAUAAAUAUUAUCGUAUUAGUUUUCUCUCUGGACAGUUAUAGAUGAAGUCUCUCAGUUAGUUCAGUAGUGAUGUACUUCAGUAGGUCUUCUUUCUGAAGGAAUCAUUUAUUGUCCCUAGACUUUCGGAGACCGAGUCCUUUACCCUCUGUCCUGGAUUGUCCCUCUCUUUGUUGUCUUCUCCACAUUUGGAGCUGCCAAUGGAAGCUGCUUCACUGCUGGCAGGUAAACAAGACAAUAAUCUCAUCACAUUUGACCUUGACUGAUAACACAAUGAAAGGUGGUUGACUGACAGGAAGGAAGUAACAUAACUACAAAGAAAUAUGUUGAGCGCAUUACAUUGCAUUAUGUUGGUGAUAUGGGUCCAUUUACAGUGGAUAUUUCAAUAAAUUCCACAGUGCUGAAAGCAGGAAGCUCAGUGUUUGCAGGCAGACACACCGGUGUGAUUUGGUUCCAGAUUCCGGCAGCAAAGGUAGAGAAAAGCGAUCUAUAGGUGGUAUUUUUAGACCUGUCAAAUAUGUUUGGCUCAGUUCAUGCAGCCUUAUAUGGACAACUUUAAACCUGGUGAAAAAUACCUCUAAGAUGUUUAAAUGUGUGUAAGUAGGUUUUACAACAGCUAAACAGAGACUUGAAGUAGGUUUUAUGGUAAGGCGUGCUAUUUUCUCCUCUAGCAUUCAUAACGGCGAUUGGAAAUAAAAGUCAGAGCUUUAAAACGGGAUGGGCACCACCUCCUACCAAUGAGAGCUUAGUGAGAUGACAUGACAAUGGUGACUACAACUGUACCAUGUACAAAAAUAUGAUCAGAGAUGUUAGACAAGAAUAUUCAAUGAGCUAAGAUUAGGAUCAUGCUUGGUAAGUCAAGCAGCAAGUUGGGGCUCCAUGGCAAAUUAAAACUAUGUCAUUUGCAGUUAGGAUCAAAGGUCAAUGCCAGUUCAUGAAGUACCAAUUUCAAAGGUGGAAAGGUUAGUUAAUUUGUAUGUCAGGAAAUGGUUAGGUGUAUGAGAGGGGCACACCCUGGCUUCCAACAAAACUGGAGAGGGCAGAGAUGUUAUCAUCUAGGGGUACAGAUUCAGUGGUUUGUAACUUAGCCCCAAAUCCAACCUGAUGAAGAAAGAGGAACCCAAAUAAGGUAUUUGAGGAUGCAGAGAUGGCUCUUAGACACAGAGAUUAUGAAUGUGAAGUAAGGCUGCGGUAGCUCGGGCCUUAGUUCAGGCAGGCCAGUGUAUAAUAAGGCAAAAGAAAGAAGGAAGCUUGUAGUUGAGCAGGUAUAUCGACAGGAGGUCAUUUGGUUAACAAAGGCUGUGACUCGAGCAGAGCAAAGACAAUGGUUCAAUUUGCAGGGUGUAGAAUGAAGGAAGCUUGGCCAUAUAGAGGAGGUAAAAACAAUAUCUGUUUGAGGCUAUUUAAGAUUUGCUAUCAUCACCCUAAAACACUGGGCAGAGGGAGACUCUUAUGUUUGGAGACAGCAACGUUGAGGCAUUUUCUGCCAGUGUGUGACAUCCUUUUGUCCAAAGGUUGAUAAGCAUAAUCAGGUACUAAAGCUCGGGAGUAGGGCUUGAUAGGAAGAAACAACAGGUAAACUCAGGAUGUAAUCAGGAAAAGAGUGCAGCCAUUUGGUUAGAGAGAGAAAAAAACAAAGGAGACAGGUUUUCACGCAGGCAUGAGUUGGCCCCCUACAAGAUGCUGAUGACUGGAAGAUGCAGGUAAAUUUGUGAGGAAAGCCUGACCCACAGGAAGUAGUCUUCACUAACCUGAGGCCUGACAUAUACUUUGGUUAAUCAGUCAGCAAAAGUUUAUUUCAUAGAGCUGACAGUGGCUUGGAAAGGAAAAAGUUUACAUAUGUAAAGUCAGCAGCAGAAACUGAUCAGUGAGGUUGGAAAUUUAGGAGUUAUCCAGUAGUUACCAGAACAGGGAGUGCUUAGACCGAGUCUGCCCCAAAAAAACUGUAAGGAAAGUCAUUUGACCUGGAUGAGAAGGAGAGUUGUCAGGUUGGGGCUGGAACAAAAGUGUUAUACUGUUUAUUUGUUCACUGCUCAUUUUUCUCCACCACCCUGCUGACCCAGGAGUAGGAGGAGGUAUUGCACACAGCCUGGCCCUGCAGGGGUGAGCUCGGGCCCAAAAAGACCUCUAGCACUGCACUGCCUCCUCUAUCCUGUUCUUACAUCUCUCUACAUACUCUUCUCUCUGUUGUCUCUUUUACUCUUUGUCUGGGUGUAGCAAGAGGUAAAAGUUAUCAUGGAGGGGGGUGCCAUAUUUAAUUGUUAAGUCUCCCUGCAGUGUCAUUAGCCUAACUUUACAAAACAUUGGUGCAGGAGAGAGGUAACCCAAGAUGCACUGACUCUCUCUGCCUGUUUGUCUUCAAGUUUUGUGUUUUGGGCAUCAUCAGGGACUAUGCGGUGGGGUAGGUUGUAUCACCAGGUUUUACACUACUUAUGGCUUGUACAGAGCCUGGGUCUGUUGAGAACGAUAAUGCUACAAUGUUAAUGUUGCAAUUAAAAGAGGCACUUGAUAACCCUGGUAAUGUGCUGUGUCCUGUUGCCCAUCUAUCUUGAGUGCUGGAAACAUUUUGGGCCACAUAGCUGGUUAUGUAACUUCUUGGUAGAGUAUAUAGAUGUUGGGAUCAUGGCGUAGAAAAAUAUGUUUCUUCUCUGAGUGCCUAUCCUUUUAUUGGAGCAUAAAUAACAUGUGAGUACUGAAAUCCCUACCAAAAUCAAACUAAACAUAAAUGUCUGUUUUUUUUUUCUUUUCACAGACUUGCUUAUGUGUCUGGCAGAGAGGGUCAUAUGGUGAAAAUCCUAUCUUAUAUCAGUCUGAGACAUUACACUCCAUCCCCUGCUCUCAUAUUCAACGUGAGUCUUUGAAUGUUAAAUAUUAAAAAAAUAAAUUAAAAAAGUAUUAUCAUUUUGGAGACAAGUUCUGUAACUUUAUACAGCUUGUUAUUCAGAAAAGCACUGAUUCUAAAUGUCAUGCAUGUAUUUUAAGGUAACUUUACAGAAAAACAAAAAUGAAAAUAAAAGAUUAUUCUAAAAAAUUGCAAUGCUGAAAAUUUGAAGAUGGUGAAAACAAAAAUGUACUUGAAGUGUGGACAAAAUAAAUGAAUAAAUAAAUAAUAGGGCUAUGAUUAACAAAAAUUAUUUUUCUCUCCUUUUUCCGUUUAAGGGUAUUUUGGCUAUUUGCUACAUUAUCCCAGCUGACAUUAACACCCUCAUUAACUACUUCAGCUUUGCCACCUGGGGGUUUUAUGGACUCUCAGCGCUCGCUCUCAUAGUCAUGCGCUUUACCAAGAAGGAUCUCCAUAGACCAGUGAAGGUGAGCCUUAUUUUCUACAGUUAUAAGUAAAACCUCAUCUGUAAGGAGACUACACAAACAAAAGAUACAUGCCGCCUUCCCGAGGAGAACUGUUGAGACUCUAGACAGUAACAAUAAUCAUAAACCUAAUAUGAUUUUUUUUUACACCUUCAGUCCUUGUUUCUCUGCUCCUGCUUUCAUCAGUGAAUUUGAUAUAAGCUACUUUUUUGGCUAAUACUUUGUGUUUGCAGUUCCAGGUAUCAAUGAAGUGCCUGUUUUAAACCCUCUGUUGGGAAACUGCUCAAAAUAGUACAACCUUGAUAUAGUCUAAUAAUAAUAAUAAUAAUAAUAAUAAUAAUGAUAAUAAUAAUAUAAUGUCUUACAAGUUGAUUGAGCUUUUGUUCCAUAGUGCACCCUGUGUUAUUGUGUGUUUCCAUACUCAAAGGUCCCGAUAGUCAUCCCGGUCCUCAUGGUCAUAGUGUCCUGCUACUUAGUUCUGGCUCCCAUCAUUGAUAAGCCAGAGCUGGAGUACCUGUACUGUGCGAUCUUCAUCCUCAGCGGACUCAUUCUCUACUACCCUCUCAUCCACCUGAAAGUCAAAUGGGCACAAAAGAUCAUGAGUAAGUUACUUUUAUCCUUUGGCUAUUCUAAACAUACUAAUACAAUAAUACAGUGCUAUGAUGUACUGAUUUUGCAGUGAACACACUUAAAUAUUAUUCACGUAACUUUGACUUCCAUCCCCUAUAGGUCCUAUCACCAUGCAUCUCCAGCUGUUGAUGGAAGUUGUUCCUCCAGAGAAAAUUGAAUAAAAUAGGAUGGUGCUGAAAACCAGAUCAAUUUCUACUGCUUGCUUUUAACAUGUCAAGCCUGGUUUUAGAAACAGCAAGCAAGAACAAUGGUGCCUUAAAAGCACAAACAGCAGCUCUUGGUUAGGCUGUAAAUAUUAGGUGAAAAAUAUAUAUGAACCAUGUUACAGGGGUAGGAUGAAUUUAUAAAUCAUGUAGGUUUUAAAUGUGACAAAAGGCUUUCUUCCACUUGAGUGUGUCCUACUGAUGCACCACUGCUGUAAAUAAAAUGUAAAUAGAAAAAAAUUAAAGCAUACAAGACCCGCAGUGACCAUAUUCCUGUACUAUAGCUCCCAUACAAAUAUUAACAGAAACCUCCUUGUUGUUUUGGUUAUACUUACAGUUUGAAGUAGGAAAUUAUUUUUAGAUUAUAUUUUUUAAGGUUGUACUAGCAGUUUUGAAAGUCAUUAAGCAAUCAUGUAAAACCUUUUCUUCUGUAGUUUAUGUGCAAUUUAUUUGGCCACAGAUCAAGUGAUGAAGAGCGUCCAAGGAUUUAUACAUGCAUGAAUUUAGGUUUGAGCAAAGGGAACUUUAACAUCUGGUCUGCCAUGUGUUAUGCAACAAGAUGCGGGAACACAUUGAUUAUGUUGCUCCUAUGGUUGUAAACCAAAAAACACUGAAACAUACUUAUGUACAGAUAUUUGCACAUUUUGUAGAAUGCUUCAGACUAGGGUAUGUAUGUAACGGAAACAUUUGGUGGUGACAAACAUAAAGUGAAAUGUUAAGUAUCCCUUCUUUGUCUCACUGAUCUGAUUGCUCCUACACAUCUGUGUGCAUUCUGUCCAUUGCAGAGUAAAAUAAGAUAAAACAGUAAAACCAGGUUCAGCCUGUGAUCAAAUAUUUUUGUAACAUAUAUAAUUCAUAGUGAAGAGGUGGUUUUGUGAAAUAACAUUUGUGUUGGCACUUGCUUCUCACACAGCCAGCCCUGUGACACUGCCAUGUGUUGUUACUUGAGAUGUUUCUUGUCUGCUUUCUUCAAUUCGGUUGAUGUUCCUACCUAAGUUUUGUGCUCUCCAAUUAAACUGACACUUGUGUUAAAAAAUCCUCUAUAAUGUUAACUGUGUUUUUUAGAAACUGACAUUCAUGCAGCAUUAUCACUAAGAGGAGGUGAUACAAGCGUUAUAAAUGUGCCUGAAUAUGGGGCUUUGACCAAUCACGGUCAAGUAUAGAUGUUUGAUGUUACUGUGUUUGACUGGAGGUGGAAAUGUACAUGAGUUUUAUCUAUAAAACUGGAGGUACAUAUCAAACUUCUGAAUAUGAUAUUUAGGCCUCUGUCCACAUGUAAGCAGAUAUUGUUGAAAACAGUAGACAAGUAAAAAGAGUUUUUGCCUCUUUGAAAAUGGAAGUGUUCAAAAACCUUGUUCAGUUGUUGUUAUUGUGUGGAUGGAAAAAAUGGAAGGCAUGCAUCAGGAUGGUAAACAACCGUUUUAUUGAAGUCCACUCUGUACUGUUAGGUUUAAUUGCAUGUUUACAAGGCAACCUCCCUGGUCCUCAUCUUUGUACUGUAGCAAUGGUUGAAUCAAUAUAGACGGUGCUCGAUUGUUUUUAAUUCACCACUCUGAACACAGUAUAAAUAGGGCUACCUUUAACUGCUGCUCACUUAAGAAGAUGCACUCACUUUUCUUUUAUAGUGUUUUGAUAUGACAGACUGACCACACAUUAGUACCACUUACAUGUCUGACAUACUGCUGUGAUGUGAGUGUUGUCAAUCAAUUCUGUUUUCCUGUGGACAGAAAUAUUAAAAACCAUAUCUGAUGCAAAAAUGAUAUUUAAUUUGAGAGGAGGGUGGGAGGGUAAGAGUAUGUGUAAGUAUUUAUGGUUUUAAUCUUAGUGGUUGCUCAGUGUUAUUUCAAGCAUUAACCUGUAAAUCAGAAUAAUGUCAUGCUUUAUCUGUAGAGCUAGCUAUAUGUUAAACUGAAAAGCAGUAACUGUACAUGACAGCAAGUUUACUCUUUUUUAGUUGUCUAAAGAAAACAAACUUCACAAACUUUCAUUUAACCAGGAGAGCAGUGUGAAAUAUUUGUACUGAAGUUGACUUGUUGGUCUGUUUAUAUCACAACAUGUAUUUGUUGUUAGCUGUGUGUCAUGCACAGUUGAUUUAAUCUUAAAAAUUUUUUUAAUGGAGAAUACAUAGUAAUUUUUUGUAGCCUUUUUAAAAGCUGAGAGCAAUAAAAUGGGUGUUUGACUGUCUGAAGGCUCUGUUUAUCCAGCAGAUGGCAGUGCAGAUCUAUUUAAUUUACCUCUAUGAUGCUGAGAGUCAGUGAGUAAAUAUCCUGUGUUAAUGCUAAUAAUGUUACUUAUUAACAUACUCCAUAAAGUUGAAUAGGUAAUGUGUCUUUACAGCCAUUGUGAUCAGAAGGCAUAGUUAUAGUUGUAAUGGUAGUAAAUAAAGAUGGAAAGCUUUCAUCUUCAUUGUAAAAAAAAAAAAUCUAAAAUUCUGGGUAGUAAAUGCCCAAUAAAUUAAAUGCAUAAUAAAAUAAGUCAAUGUAAGUAAGUGAUAGUUUGUCCCUGGGCAAGCUCAAAGCAAUAGAUACAUAAAGAACACAGGCCUUCAACUUACAGUAAUACAAUUGUUCUUGUUUGUUGCCAUCUAGUGGUAAAGAAUCUCCUCAGACAGAACCAUGCUGUGCCAUAGAAGAGAGAGCAGCAAAUCUGCACUGGCUGUGCUAAAUAAAAGGACAUUUGCAGAAAAGCUGCUCAGUAACUUCUGCCAAAUGAGGUUGGAACUGUGCAGAGAAGCAGCAUGUUGGUUGUGAAGCCUGUUGUGUUUGGCUCAUUUUAAAUUUGCUCAGUGCUUUUGUCAAAAGAUGCUGUUAUGCUGCAGAAUCAACUAUACAGACCGAAUACAUGUUGACAAAAUAAAGGACUUCUCAGCCG